AAUCCCUCUGGCUCAACCCUCUUGUUGACUUCCUCUGAUAGUGGACUGUUGCCACUCCACCUGAGGAACCAACAUGGCUGCUGAUUUAAAACCAGCAGCUACAUGAUGAGCUACAGCAGCUCACCCCACUAGCUGUCUGUAACUCAAGGUACCAAUGCUUAUGCUAGUAGAUUAGUAAAGUAGCACACAUCAUGUCAGAGUCAGUUGCUUAACUUCCACUACACUUCCCUGUGCAAGAUGGGGUGGUGUAGCUGGAAGACUGAACAAUCGUUGGUUUGGUUUGCUCAUUGCUGUUGCUAUGAUGUCUGUUGCUUGAUAUUCAUCUGCCAGAGUCACUGCUCAGUGCUGAUUCAAAGCAAAACAGCAGAGGCAUCACUCUCUCUUUCUCCAACUUCUUACACACCGUUACUAUAUCCUCCUCUCCUCACCUCUCCUCUUGUGCCGCUAUACUGAUCCCAUGCUCUAAAACUGAUCCCUCUGAGACAUGACACAGGAGAGGGAACUAUUUUGGACUAAAAUGGAGAGAAAUUCUACUUUUUCACCAAAUGCACUGUGGACUGAUUCCAUCAUUUAUUUAUGCAUCGUCCCAGAAUGCCCUUCGAUUCUACAGAAAGGAAAAGAAACAAAAACACACACACACAUCAGUGUUGUCAGGGCUAUUGGAAAGAACAUAGGAAAAGCUGCUUCAAGGGGUCCAGCUCUACCACUUAAGUGUGUUAAAUCUCUCAUCACACCCACUCCUGUGGAGGGAGAGAAGAGCAGAGAGUCAAAGAGUGAGGAAGUGGGAGCAAAGAAUAGAAUUACAAGAAAAAGAGGGAGUGAAGAAAAGAACGGGAAGAGGCUGAUAUCGAUUAACACGAGCUAUCUGGAUACAUGCUGCAUGUAUCUGAUGGAGAUAGCGAACACUACCCUGGUAGUCACUCCCUUGUCAUUCAGCAUUAAAUUACCUUUUGUUUACAUUUAACAGUCUGUUGACCAGAAGUGAUCAGUAACAAAGUAGAUUUAUUCAAGUAUUGUACUUUAUUUAAGUAUUUUUAUUUUAUGCUACUUUAUACUUCUACUCCACAACAAUUCAGAGGGAAAUAUUGUGCUUUUUACUAUACUACAUUCAUUUGACAGCUUUAGUUAGCCUACUUGAUUAUGAUUUUACAUAAAGAAUAUAUAAGUGUACGAUUCAUUAUAGACAGUAUAUAAAGUAGUUCAAAUUAGCACCACCUCAACCAGCUACAACAUUAAGGCUAACGCUAUAUCGCUAUAACGCUAUAUCUUGUUUGUUUAAUCUGUACAAAAACCAAAGGGUAAAAAUGUCACGUUGUGGUUUUACAGGGGUUAUAUGCCAGACUAUUUCUUGGCCGGGCGCAGAAACUUCCUGAAAUCUCUGCUUGUUUUUUGUACAGAUUAAACAAACAAGAUACAACGUGUUAAUUAAUGAGCUUUAGAGGUGCUGGAAGGUGGAUUUUGUUAGCUUUGGACAGACUCAGGCUAGCUGACUCCCCCUGUUUGUAGUCUUUAUGCUAAGCUAAGCUAACCAGCUGCUGGUUCCAGCUUCAUAUUUACUGUACAAACAUUAGAGUGCUAUCAAUCUUCUCAUCUAACUCUAAGCAAGAAAGUAAAUAAGCAUCCCAAAAUGUCAAACUAUUCUUUUAAGUAAAGGAGGAGUAUUUCUUCCCCCAUUGCUGUUUAUAUUGCAGGGUUUCAAAUAUGUAAAAUUUGAGACUCAGCUAGGAAAACUAAUGAGCUAAAUUCUAAGAUACAAUUGGAGAGGAUAUAUGUGUGAUAAAUGUUGGGGACUAGUGGGAUUUUUCCAGUUUUGUUUAUUUAUUUUUGCUCAGCCUCGACUGUCUGAGCAGAUCGACAGAAAGGUGAAAACAUUUCAGCACACCCAGUAAACCACCAGUGUCCCUGGUCUAGUUAGUGUCAGUCCAGCUGAUAGAGAGAAAUGGUGUGGCAGAGGCUGCGGCUUAUCUGCUUUGUCCCCAGCAUCUGCCUCUACACACACACACACACACACACACACACACACACACACACACACACUCCCUUCCUCCUGUUAGCCUCAGUCCCCUGUCUUUCUGCAGCAUCAGAUACCGUUCGACACAGCACUGACAUCUCUCUCAAUCUCCGCUGGCUUUCAGUGUUUUUGGCAGCACAUGUAACCAGAGACGAGACUCAUUCAUCCGUAGCAUAUUCACUCUGCUAUACAUAACUAAGCAAAUAUACUGAACCUUAUUUAAUCCCCUCCCUUCUGCCUGUCAUUCUGGCCCUUCACUCUUGCCUUCCUUGUUUCCUGGAAAAUCCUGUGUAUCUGUCUCUCUUUUUUUCCUCUUCCUUCUCUUAAUUUCAUUCUCGUCCUCUGCAUGUCCAAUGUGCAAUCCCCCCUCUGUCCCUCCUCUUUUUGUCUUCUCCCAUUUCCCCCUCCCAUGCAUGUCAAUGUUCUCUUCGUCCUGUCACUCUCUUACUCUUUCCCGCUCCUUCUUUCCCCAUCCCUCUCUCCUCCUAUUUCUCUUCCUCAGCAUGGACGUUCAGAAUUUUCAUGGGAAGGAAUCAAUCUGUCUAUGGAAGACACCACGUCAAUCCUGCCUCGGCUCAAGAGGAACUCAAACGCCUACGGCAUUGGGGCUCUGGCUAAGUCUUCUCUGUCAGGUGUGUCAGGAGUGAGCCGCACUAUGAAAGAGAGAGUGACCAAGCCCACGGCCAUGGCCCAGGGUCGCGUCGCUCACAUGAUUGAAUGGCAAAACUGGGGCAUGCAGACGGUGGGCGCAGGGGGCAUCCCCCAGGCCCGCGUCACUACUCAGGAGCGGGAAAAGGAGCGGCGGCUGGAGAACGACGCCUACAGUGACCUCAGUGAUGGAGAGAAGGAAGCCCGUUUCGCUGCAGGUAUCCUGCAGCAGUUCGCGAUCUCGGAGGCAACACUCCUGGCCUGGUCAUCGAUGGAUGGAGAGAGCCCGCGGUCUGGCUCAAACCAGGGCAGCGUGGCUCAUCUGAGUGAGGUCAACCAGGAGAGUAUCACCAGUCGAGAUCAGAUAUUGCACCACUCCUCAGCAGAGGUGUGGCCUCACACGUACGUCUCCCAGGGCCACUACUGCCUCUCCUCCUCGGACGCCUGGGAGCCGAUCAACAACGAUCCCUCUGGUGUGGCGUCUCCCCCUGCUGGCUCCUACAUUAUGGGGACUGAUGGUUUUGACGGGCAGGCGGCAGCUCACUUCCUGACGCAGCAACAGCAGCAGCAGCAGUUCACUCUCCAGCAGCAGAGUCAACUACAACAGCUGCAGCAGAUCCAACAGAUCCAGCACUACCAGCAACAGCAGCUCCUGCAGUAUCAGCAACAACAGUCGCUGGAGCACAGGCUGCACAGUGCCAACCACUCUUUGCAAGCAACGCCCAACAGUACCAUCCACAGUCUGGUCCAUUCCGUUCACCCACCAUUGGUCGACCUGUGGAACACGGGGCAGAUGGAGGCCUAUCAGACGGAGGCUGGAGGCUACAUGGGUGUGGCGGCGGUGGUGGAGCCGAGCCUCUGUGUUCCCGCUGGAGACGAGAUGGUGGGAACAGAACACUCCCCACUACUGGAGCAGCAGGAGGAGGAGGAGGAGGAGGUCAAGGAUGAAGAGGUCAUACUGUGCAUGGAGCCAGAGUCGGCCACGCUAACUCCACCCACGCAACAAGGGGAUGCCUCUGGUGGUAGUAGUCCGGGGCAACCGCCGGCAGAGUCAAUCACAGAGCGGAAGGCCUCCGAUGUCACCGCCGGCCUCGUUCAGACACUAGAGAAGAAGGACGGGGAGGGGCCGGCCACUUCCAUGGCAACCAACUGAGUUCCUGGCUGUCAAGAGACUCCGUACUACAAACUGACUGGAGAGUCAGCGAGGAAUGAGCGUAAUAAUACAAUAUAUAUCUAUUAAUCUGUUCCUUUUCAGGUAUCAAAAACACAACUUUUUGAUUGCGAGAUGAAUUCUUCAAAAUGGUAAGAAACAGAUUUGGAAGUGGACUCACAAUGAGACAAGAGCUGAUGCAACAAAGGACACCUAUUUCUUUGUAAGCCUUACAUCCCAAAGGUAAUUAAAGAGAGGAGAGAGGAUGGAGAAACUGAAGAGGAGGAGGAGGAGCACGAACUGGCCGAGACAUUUCCAUCAGGGUUAAUGAAAUCACGCUGAGAUGAAGAGGAAGAGAACGGAAACAUGCAUGCUUUUUAUGAAGACAAGCAACUCGACCCUGUCAUCGUCUUAUAAUAAUAAUGAAAAUCUAUCAUAACAGAACAUUAUAAUAAGAAUAAUUUUGUAAUAAAGCAAAAAAAAAAAAAAGAACAAGACAAAAAUCUAUGUAUAAGUGUAUGAUAAGAUAGAACAGUUUUCCUAUGGGAGAACUACUCUGUUUACAGCUGUUACUCAACAUAUUAGGUAGUGUUUAAUCAAAUUAAUUUCCCUGUCACAUCGAACACACGGUAUACUUUAAUAAUGGCAACCCAAACAAUUUCACAUCUAAUCAAAGUAGGCUCAGAAAAUGUCAGCAUUUCAGUGAAAUGCAGAUUAACCCUCUAAAAUAAAUUCUUCUAUGAUGUUGUGGCACCAGGAUGCCUGAGGCACAACCCAGGGACAGGCCUGUCCUGCUGACUGCACACACUAAACUCUGCACAGAUAAGGAUUGUACCAUAAGAUAGUGUGCUUCCUACUCUGUCUCUCUGUAUGCAUGUUCCUUCAGAGUACUAUGGAGUACCUGUACUAUACAGCACUGUAUAGACUUUGCACUGAACCAUAGUAUCCCAGGUGGGGCCAUGGCGGGCCUGCGGUGGGCAUGAGCGGCGAGUUUCAUGACGGUGAAAUAAAGACAGAGCUGCAUAAGCGAAUCUCUUUUGCACUGAUGCAAUCCAACAGAUCAGAGGUUGCCUUUGGACGGUUGAUGUUACCCAGUUCCCACUCUGAAAGCUUUCAGCACCACCGACAACCAAAACCGAGCCACUUAACAACACAAACCCUCAGCUGCUUUUUUCCAUAGACGUAGUCGUGAUAAAUCGAGGAUGAUAACCACUAUCUGAAUGUACACAAGGCAGUACAUGAGCGUUUGUUUUUGAUGUCUCCUCGCGGUCCACAUGGGAGCGAAUCAAACACUUUCUUAAGAAACAAAAAUAAACAAGCGAGUCUUUCAAACGUGCAGGAGGGAGCUGUUGAAAAUGGAUUCACUGCUUGCUCACCUAGACCACCGCUACACACACACACGAAUAUCUAAAUUGUAACCAGCAAUAGGCAGGCAAAACACUGGCUUCCCAACACACCAGUGCCAGCUCUGUCGUAUAGAUGUAAAUAGUCUGAGUAUAUAAAAAAAUCGCCUCUCACUCACAGUCACAACUGUUCUAGUACAGUAUGAUUUAUGUAUUUUUUUUACACCCCUCAGUCCCACUUUACCGCUACACAAAGACAAAUGAAACGGGACGAAUGUUUGUUGUAAACAGAGCGAUCGCUCCAACUGGAGAGUGUUUCAUCUGGUGAAUCCAUCAGUGGGGAAACAAAAAACAGUAGUAGGUCUGAGUUCACGGGGGAAAGUAAAGCCCACGUGUCGCUCAGUCAGCCAAUCAGGGAAUAGAACAGAAGACUAGGACUGAACACUAGAGCUGAAUAGAUCGGUGUCUUCCUGCUCAUCGUGAUUACUGUGAAGCAGCUGCCUGGAGUGUGAUAGUGAUUAAUCAUGAUGUUUGAGGAAGCAUGUUUUCAUUUUUUUUUCUUGUCUUUCUUUCACCUGAGGAAGAAUGGUUUUCCAGCGAGGCAGGGAGUUAAACAGAGACAGUGCAGAACGUGAAAUUUCUGUGACUCACUGACGAACUUUACAACAAAACACAACCACUGUUUUCAUCUUUUCUCUGUUGGAGGAGCACCUUCUCCUCUCACUUUGAUGAUUGUGUGAGAAACUUUCAAGAAAAAAAACGGUUUAUUGACUUGAAUGAAUUUAUUUAUUGAUUGCUUCUUUAUGCAAUGUUGGGGACAAUGUUUAUUUUUCUACUGACUUGUUGAAAUCCCUUCCAGUAUAAGUUAUAAGAAUAGGUGUCAUGGUUGUAAAGCAGUCUUGUUUCGGUCUGGUUUUGAGCACUUUACACCAAGAAAAACACAUUGUUGUUAAUAGAUUAGAGAUGGAUAGUUUGGCAGCUCUCAAUUAUAACAAAUCUAUCAUCCUGUUUAGUGACUCGUACAAAUGAGAGGGCUCAAAACUGCCUAACAAUGUCUUUACAUAGUGGCACAUAUUCAUUUAUUUAUUGAACAAUUACUUGGUGGGGAGGAAUAAUGUGACAGCUUGUACAGAGUCUCUAAUUUCAUGUAGGUACCCUUCUGGGAGCAGUAUCUUUUUCUUUAUGAUUCACUCGGUUUUAAAGACAUAAUGUGGUGAAAAGACCAUUGCUUUAUAUUUGUUGAUGGAACAACUGCAAGGCUAAUUUGGGCUUGGCUAAAAACAGAUAUUAGUUCAUAAGGAAACAUGCAUGGACUUGGUGAAAAGACACUGCUUCAAUUUGGGUUUUUUUUUUGUUUUUUGUUUAUCAAAAUCUCAAUGAAUGAAUAAACUAAUAACAAGAAGCCAAAUAUAUUUCUGUGGAUGUUAAGGUUUACUGAUCACAUCUUUGUUAACCAACUGGUUUGCAAUUGAGUUCCUCUUUUUGUAUAAUUCUACUGCCAUCUUCCAAGAGUUAUAGUAACUUGUCUGCAGGCAUGGCGCUCAAAAAUCUGCUUCUGGUCCUCUGCCUUUCUCCUUCUCUCUCUUUCUAUCUCUUUUAUCUGUUCGGUAUAUUUGUGUCUGUCUGUACGUCUGUCUGUCGGUGUACAGUAAGUUGUCUGCUGUCUUGUUGGAAGAAUCACUGCCUUAAAAAAAAAAACAAGUUUCCACAUCAACAAAAGGAGAUUUGAGGCAAUCAGACAUGUAACAGAGAUAUAAUUUGGAAAUGUGUGGCAAAAAAAGUGACUGCUGUAAAAAAAAAAAAAAAAAAACGCUGUGAAAAAUUGGAUGGCUUCUGUAAAAGUCUGCAUAAAAUUUGAUUUAUUUGUUUGAAAUGAAGCAGUGUGACUGGUGAUACCAGUGUACACUCAUGACACUCACACCUAUGCAUGCUUGUUGGACGGUUGUCACAGGACGGUUCUUCCACGUGGUUCCCCCUCUCUCUCCUCUUCUGUCAACAAUUCUCAGUUUCUUCCUGUUUUUCUUCUUUCCCCUCUUUUUCCUGCACGACAGAACCUCCUACGCCCCCUCCAGCUUCUUUACCGGCCUUCUCUUCUUUUCCUCUGGUGGAGAAAGAGCAAAUAAACAAACCAACAAAUUGCA